AUGCCCCAAGGUAAGAUGAUUUGGCAACAUACAGUGCCAAGUCUGUUCCUCCUGUUUCAUCUAGUCGCUGGAUGGAACUAUGGAGGGGGUGGAGGAGACUAUGGAUGGUACGACAAAAUUCCUCGCAAGAUCGUCGUAAAGCACGUGCCAAAACCAGUAGCCAUCUACAAGCCAGUACCUAUACCGAAGCAUGUUCCCGUACCAAAGCCAGUUGGGUACUUAAAACCUCUGGCAAUCGCCAAGCCAUUUAAGGUGCCUCACAUAGUGCCAGUCAUCAAGCACUUUCAAAAGCCAUUUCCAGUAUUGAAAGGUGUUCCUUUCCACAUCCCGAUUCCUCUGCCAAAGUUGAUGAAGUUACCGUUCCAGAUUAAGCUGCCCAAGCCUUAUGUUGUUCGAGUCCCCAAGCCAUACGCAGUAGCGAAGAAGUUCCCAGUUGCGGUACCCGUCCACAUUCCCAAGCCAUACGUAGUGCCCAUCUUAAAACCUGUGCCAGUCGGUGUGCCACACAAAGUGCCCAAAAUCAUCAACAUAGUCAAAGAAGUUCCUGAAUAUGUGAAGAAACCAGUACCGGUUUACGUUGAAGAAAAACCCUUCAAAUAUGAAAAUCAUGGUGGGAACUAUAAAGGAACACCUUACGUUCCAAGCGGCGGAGGCUCAUACAAAGGCUCUCCCUAUCCUUCUGGCGUAGGUGGAGGAAGUAAAGGAACACCGUUCCCAGAAGGAAUAGGCAAAGGCACUCCUUACGUAUCAUCUGGAAAAGGUGGCGGAGGCAAUCGUGGUAAAGGAAGCAACGUGUACGCAACUAGUGCAGCUAGCUUCUUAGCUGCUCACGCAGGAAAACUUGGAGGAGGUUCACAAUCUGGAGGACAUAGCGAUAUCCUUGCAGCGUACAGUCAAAAUCAGGCUCAGUCUGGUCUACAUGGACUUGGUGGUGGUAUUCACGGUGGUUACCAUGAAGGUGGAAGUGCCGGAUACCAGGGCUUCGGUGGAGGUCUUCAGGACGUCGGAGCUUCUUAUGGAGGUUUUGGACAAGAACAUGGAGGUUAUGGACAAGAGCAUGGAGGCUACGGUCAAGAACACGGAGGUUAUGAUCUUCAUGGUCUGUCAAGCGUCAGUGGACUUGAAGGCUACGGGGCUUAUGGAAGAGGAGCUGGCGAGAAACCCCGAGAUGUUGGCUCAAAUACAGCACAACAAGGUGGAUACGAGCAAAAUUCAGGAGACGCGAAAAAUGCUUAUGAAGCCCCUGCUGGUUAUGGUGGUCAUGGUCAACAAGAAGCUCCUCAGGGUGGACAAAAAGCUGGUGAAGAUCAAGGAGGAUACCCUCCUCAAAACUACCUCGGACUUUCUGUAACUACUUUUAAUGAACAAGGCGGAGGUUACCAAGAAGAGCCGAAAGGUCACGGAGGUGAAAGGGGUUACCAAGGCCAGGUAGGCGCAGGUCAAGAAUACGGAGCACAAAAUGAACAACAAGGAUAUGGUCCAGGAGUCGAUCAAUCCUCAGCUGGAUAUGGAAAUCAAGCAGGAAGCACAGGAUAUGAUCAACAACCACAAAUAGCGCUAUAUAAAAUACAAAAUGGUGCAAUAACUCCCAUAAUCCACCCAAAUAACGGUAUACAAGUCUUUAACGCAGGAUAUCAAAAUCAGAAUGGUUAUGAAGGAGAUGCAGCUUAUGGCAACAACCAAUUGGGUAAUGGUGGAUAUGAUUCUCAGUCUCACCAACAACCUGAAGAAUCCGAUGGUGAACAAGGACCUUAUCAGCAGAGUUCUUACGGUUAUCAACCACAAGCAGCACAUUACUCUGGUCAACAGCAGGGUGGUCAAGGAUACGCGUCUCAGCAGUAUCAAGGAGCUGGAGCUUACGGUAAUCAAGGAUACUCAUACGGAGGAAGUAAUGACUAUUCCAGUCAGGUUGGCGGAUAUGGAAGCCAACCAACUUCCUACCCAAGUCAAGACUUAGCUUACCAGAACCCUGCACCAUACAGUAACCAAGAUCAGGCAGAUAGUUAUGGUCACGGAAGUCAAGAACCUGAAGGGGAUUACCGCAACGAAGCAAGUUAUGGCAAUCAAAACAUCCCUGAAAACUUGCAAAAUUAUGGCUUGCAAGCUGCAUAUCCAGUGCAAGCAGGAGGGAGUGGCCAAAAUCAAGGACAUGGUGAAGUAUACGUAAGAGCCUAUGGGAAUCAAGGCGAUAAACAGACCGAUUAUAACACUGUGAAUGAAGAUUACCAAACUCAAGACAGUCAGCAGCAAACUAGCUAUGCAGCCUAUUCAACUCAAGUCAAAACAUCCGCAUCAACAUCACAACAAGCUACAGACACUCAGUCACAAUCAUCAGCCUCUGGUCGCUCUUACGAAAGUAAAAGCAGUGAUAAAACUGUUGGAAACACAAGCGGUUAUAGCACACCAGAAGGUGGAGACACUCAAGGAGGUUCUUGGAAAGGCUCUAAGUAG